GCGGCCACUUAACCCGGAAGUUAUUCGCGUGUUGGCUCCCUCGCGCUUCGGGAGAAUCUGAAGCUUAAGGUCUUGAGAGCCUGAGGUGCUGCAGAGAUGACCAAAGUAAAGAAGAAGUGGAGGAAUCGGAGGCGGCGCCGGAGAGUUCCGGGGGUCCAGAGCGCACAUACGAGGAGAUGCUGUUGAAUCUGAACCCCAUUGCGCAGCCCCUCGCGUCCCGACGCCUGACUCGGAAGCUGUACAAGUGCAUCAAGAAAGCCGUGAAGCAGAAGCAGAUCCGGCGAGGUGUGAAGGAAGUUCAGAAGUUCCUUAACAAAGGAGAAAAGGGGAUUAUGGUUUUGGCUGGGGACACAUUGCCCAUUGAGGUAUAUUGCCAUCUUCCUAUUAUGUGUGAGGAUCUGAGUAUGCCAUAUGCCUACGUUCCCUCGAAAACGGAUCUGGGAGCAGCUGCUGGCUCUAAGCGCCCAACUUGUGUAAUUAUGAUUAAGCCACAUGAGGACUACCAGGCAACAUAUGAUGACUGCCUAGAGGAAGUAGAAUCUCUUCCAGUCCCCUUGUAAAGAAAAGUAGUGUGAUAUUCAUGAUGAUUUAAGAGUUCUUUCUUGAUUGCAAAAGACAGUGGUGCAAGCAAACUGUUUCAUUGUGUCUCCAAAGGACAGAUGUCCAUCAUCUUCCCACCAGCAUUCCUAGAGUUGUUUUUUUUUUGUUUUUUUUUUAAUGAUAGCUCAGACAGUAACUUCAGCCAGUAAUGAUUGUCAAGGUUAUUUCUUACUAAGCGGUAAAAUAAAAUUUUGAAAAAUA